AUGUACCAAGUACGAAAUUGGGCGUUAAAGUUUGGCGUUGAUCUUUGGGAAUUUGGUCGACAAUUCACAAAAAUGAAUGAAAUCCGAAAUAAAUACAAGGACUUGGAUGGUGAAGUUAUACGCAAGAAUGGCAUAAUACUGCUACGAGAACUGACGGCUGAAGUGAAAAAUUUUAUGGAUUUUAAAAUGAAUUCAGUUUUAAGAGUGAUGGAGACCGCUGAACAAGCGGCAUUAUCCGAAUCGGAGCGUGAUUCAGCACAUCAUCAUCAUCAGGUUCAAUCGCAAGUCUCGCAUCGUCUGUAUGAAACGAGGCACAUCAACGAUUACAUGUCGGACGACACAAAAGAUUUGCCCCCCAAGCCAAUUCGACGAUUUGAAAAAUUAAUUGUUAACUUAACGCACAGUUCCGUUCUUGCACCGGCUGGCAUCAGCUUAAGUGACUCGAAUGUGCAAUCGUCGGUUGCGUGGUCAGCGCAUUUGGAUCCAAUAUUUGCAAACAAUUUGGAACGUGAUGCAGCACUUUCUUGGCAAUAUUUCGGUUCAACUGCGGGUUUUAUGCGUCGCUUUCCAGGUACACCAUGGCCACAUACGGGCUCAACGGAAAAGAAACCAAUCAAUGACUUUCGCACACAAGACUGGUUCAUACAAGCUGCAUCUUCACCAAAAGAUAUUAUGAUAUUGUUGGAUGCGUCUGGUUCAAUGUCGGGAAAAUCAUUUGAUUUGGCUAUUACAAUGGUGUCAGCGAUACUUGAUACGCUUAGUGAUAACGAUUAUGUUAACCUAAUCGCAUUCUCGGACAAAACCAGAUCUGUGGUUCCAUGCUUCAAAGAUAAAAUGGUUCGUGCUUAUGCUGACAACAUUAAAGAGAUGAAAGACGCGGUGAAAGCGAUAAAAUGUGAAAAUGUAGCCAAUUUCACAGCGGGGAUGCAAUAUGGAUUUGAAAUUCUCAAUCGGUAUAACCAAUCCAGUUUGGGCAGUCAAUGCAACCAAGCGAUAAUGUUGAUUACAGACGGCACAACCGAAACACAUUCAGAGAUAAUUAAACGUUACAAUUGGCCGCAUCGACCCGUUCGAAUUUUCACGUAUUUAAUUGGUGGUGCAUCAGGUAGUCGUGACAGUAUGCAAACUAUUGCAUGUACAAACAAAGGUUUUUAUGCUCAAAUCAAUUCACCCGAGGAUGCAAGAGCACGAGUUGUUGAUUAUGCAUUGGUAAUGGCACGACCAAUGGUAUUGUAUCAAGCCGAUCAUCCAAUUCAUUGGAGUCCGGUGUUCGUUGGUGGACCAAGUGGGAAUAUUGGUUAUGUAAAUGAAAGACAACGACGUUUGGUGACAACAGUUUCGACGCCAGUAUUUGACCGACGAAAUCAUUCACUUCGUCAAGCCAAUUUGCUUGGUGUGGUUGGUGCUGACGUUUCCAUUGAGGAAAUUGUCAAAAUGAUUCCACAAUAUAAACUUGGCGCAAAUGGAUACUCGUUCAUAGUGGACAACAAUGGAAAAGUCCUUUAUCAUCCCGACUUGCGACUUUUGGACGACAAAUCGCAAUAUGUCAAUACACUUCAACCGAAAUAUAGUGUGACUGAUCUAACCGAAGUGGAGCUACCAGAGAGUGAUGCGAACGGCAUGGCAAACGGUGACACGGAAAGGGAGAAUGAGAAUUCCAACAUGUUGCUUGAUAUGCGACAUGAGAUGGUGUUACAAAAAGAGGGUGAAAUGGAAUUUUCGCUUUUGACACAUUCGGACGAUAUGAAACGAGUCUCAACACGUACACAAAGAUAUUUUUAUGGUCCGAUUGAUGGAACUCCCUUUACACUUGCUAUCGCAUUGCCCGACAAAUAUGGAAUGUAUGAAUUGAGUUCGCAGGAAGAGAUUCGCCACUCGCAUCAAAAUGUAACUGAAUAUUUGAAAGGUACAGAUUGGCGAGUACAUCCCGACUGGGUUUACUGCGAAUACAAUAGCUUGUAUGAUUUCGCAAAGGAACGUGAAAAUUCCGGCGAAACGUCAUCAUCGAAUGAUGAACGAACAAGCUUUGAAACGGCUGAAGACCAAGUUUUACAUUUCUUGGCACGGGCUGGCCGUCCGCGAUGGAAAUGGAUGUCAGUGAGGCCAAGAUCUCCUGUUCCCCAUUUCGGCCAUAAUGGUGCAUCGCCAAAUGGCGGCCAUCAUGCCCAUCACAAUGGAAACAACGGACAAGGCUCACGCAAAGCCGAACCAUAUUACUGCGAUCGAUAUUUAGUACAGAGUUUGGUGCGUGAUGCCAAGGUUACCGAUGAAUUGGACCAACCGUCGCAUCCACCGCGACGUGAAGAUAAACAUCCAAUCGCCACAUUAAUGGCUUUGCUGCACAGACAAGGAUACCAAAUGUUUGGAAUAAAGCUGUCAUUUGUUGCUACCCGUUCGGGACUCUUACGUUGGAAAGACCACAUUGAACAUGAUCCAAGUUCACCUGAUCCACAUUUCGGAGAAGUUUAUGCGAAAGCAAUGGAUAGUACGUGGUAUAAACGAGCUGUUGAUCAACAUUCCAUUGAGCCGGAUAGCUUUGUGUUUAGUGUGCCAUUUGAUUCUGGCUACACGGGAAAAUCGAAUGCAACCUUGGUGACAGCGGCACAUGCAAUUUUCAUAGAUCAUCGUGGACACAAUAAAGCUCCGGCAGCUGUUGUUGGUCUCCAAUAUCAGCACGAUUCGUUGGCACGUCAUUUCAAAAAUAUUACAUCCGCUUGUACUGGCAUGGGUAAUUGUCGCAAGACAUGUGCUUCCGAUGAAUUAGAUUGCUAUGUACUCGACAACAAUGGAUUUGUCAUAAUAUCCGAAAGUACGGAGCACACUGGCAAAUUUUUCGGUCACAUUGAUGGCACUAUCAUGGAUUCCUUGGUACAAGAUCGCAUCUACCGACGUGUUUCCCUGAUGAAUUAUCAGGGUUUAUGUUCGGAUCGUGAAAAUCCAUAUACGGCGGCUGGUGAUUUGACUACAAGACCAAAUCAUCAUUUCUCGUGGCUUUUCAAAUAUAUUGUAUCAUUUGCAACCACAUGGAUUUCACUUUUACCAAAUCCAGUACAAUCAUGGCCUCAUUAUAGCGAACAAUACAUGGAUCACAGUUUGGUCGAUGAGUCCGAAGAUGAAACCUAUCCCGAUGAAUAUGACGAUGAGGCUGCCGAACCGAAUGAUGUCGUUGAACAAACCACCGAACACAGUGAGCCUGAGGAAAAAUCACAAAGUGUACCAAAAGCAACUGUUUCCACUUCAACACCCGCCAAAGUUGUACCAGAUGCAUCAUACACACGACCAUGCGACUUGAAAACCGAUUUGUUUGUACUACAACCGGAUCGACUGAAUUCGAGCACACCACUUAAGGGAAAACUGACAAAUUGCCAUUCAUCCGGUUGCGAGCGUCCAUUUAGUGUUCAAAAAAUUCCGCACAGCAAUUUAAUAUUGUUGGUCGUUGAUACACUCUGUCCGUGCGGUUCAAAACAAUUAGACAUUGGACCACAAGAAGUGACAACUGGAGCGUUUGGACCAGGCGGCAUAGCUGCAUGUAACCACCGUCGCAUGACGAAGGAGCGUUUGCCACGCAAACGGCCCACAAAGUGCAUAAAUUAUCAUCCCGAAGAAAUUGAGAUUCAACAAUGUGGCGGUGCGUCUACUCUACUUAGUGGCUGGGCGAUUUUCUUGCACAUUCUCAUUGUGUCACAAGUCUGGAUACUAUCAGCGUGAUAAGUGUCAUUGAUAAGUUACAUCUAAAUUAAGACGAAAUGAAGGCUAUAGGAAGAAAAGAAUCAUCGUAUUGGCACAUUUUUAAGGCCAUGAAAUACACGUAAGCUAUUUAUUCGUUAGAAAAUAAUAGAGUCGAAGAGGGAAAAACGUCGAAUAAAAUCGAACCAAAAAAUAAAAUUAGUAUUGGAAUCAAAAGCUUCGACGAGUGUGAACCGUGUAAAUAACGUCAUGAAUUGAAGAGAAAAAGAAAUUAAAGUGAAUCAUUUAUUUACUAACUGUAAGCACUUUUCUUUCGGAAUAUCGAAUUAGAAGUUCGAAUUUAGAAUAAUUCACAGAAGAAAAAACUAAAUGAAAUAAAUUGCAAAUUGCCGUAUUUUAAUUAACGGUUGCACAAAAGCAUAAGAGAAAUCAUUAAAUAGAAGUAACUUUGAAACAAAAAUUGGAUCAAUUUUUCUCGCAGAUUACUUUUUUUCCACCGAAAUUUCGGGAUGUUUUUUUUUUCUUCAAAGCCAAAAUAUUUAAAGAUUCCGACAGUUAAAAAAGGUCAAAAUUUAUCAAGAUAUUUUGUUUGUUUCGCAACGAAUUCUAAGAAAACGUUAGUAUAUUGACAUGGAAAAAACUCAAAAUUAUAGCAAAUGAUUGGAAACCUAAUACAAUAAAUUAAAAUUAUUGAAACAACAAAAAAAAUCCUUAAAAUUAGUCAAUAUAGACCAUAGGUGAAUGAUAAUAAUAAUUUUUAGGGAAAUUAUGUUAAGUAAAAUGAAAAGCAAAACUAAAACUAUAAUGCGGUACCUUUGACAUUAGACAAAAUAAACAAAACGCAAACUCUAUUCGCGGAAAACCGUGAAAAUUGAAUCAAAAUAUUCAAAAAGCAUUAAAAUUUGUUGAAAAGUGUAAAAAAAAAUUGGCGUAAGUUAUUUGAUUUGGAAAUCAGAUUAUCUUCGCGCAUCAAAAAUGCACAAAAAUGCGAAGACUCAUUCUAAUUGACCUACGUUUAAAACACAUAUGAAGAAAAAAAAAUGGCUGAAAUCUAGAUAAACUUGACAAUAAUUUUCGUUUUUAUCGAUUUUUAGGGCAAAUUAAAAUUUCAAUAUCCAAAAUGACGAAAUUACUAUAAUUCUAAAGCAUAUUAUAUGAAACAAAAACAAAAUGAAAACUAAAAUGGAUUAUAUUGUGAUCGAAGCUUGUAUACUUUGAUUUAUUUAUGAAUAUUAUAUGAAAAGUUCGAACACCAAAACAUAUUUACAAUGUUUAUUUUCGUGGCGGACGAUAUUCUUUCUAUUUUCUUCAAUAUUAUUUUCGGUUUGUUCGUUUGUUUGUUCGUUCGUUCAUUCAUUCAUCGUUGCGAUGCAUUCGAGCAUUUGUUUGUAAACAAAACAAAGUAAAAACGAAUGAUAAUAGAAAUAAAUUUACAAAACUAUUUUACUUCCUUUUUCUCUCUUUCCAACACAACGCAAAAGGAAGAAAAUUGUGAAUAAUUCACACGCACAAAAAUCGUACUAUACACAAUAAACGAUUGUUAUUUUGGAGCAAAAAAAAGAUUUGAAAGUGCACGGACAGCAUAGCGUCCGUGUUUAAUUCCUGUUAUUAUUAAUUGUUAUAUACAUUUGAACUGUUCAAUCGUUCGCUAUGAAAAAUCGAAAAGACAAUGGACAUCCAUGUGUCCAGACAUUGGCAUUUAAUUCUUUGUAUGGCUUUUAUUUGUGUCCAUUUAAUAAAAUCUAGAUUAAUAAGAAUCAUUUUUGUCCAAACUCAUAAUUCUUCGAACACAAAUCAAAGCAAAUUUCGAGGAAAAUUUUCCCGCAUUUCACAUAUCGGCGCAUCGUUAUAUACCACAUAUCCAUAUUUAUAUAUAUUUUAUUGGUUUACAUUUGAUUGGCAGCUUGUAAAACCGAAUUCGAGAAUUCGCAUAUAUAUGUAUAUAUCAUGUGUAUAUAGCAACAGCAACAAAUGUUCGUUUUGAACUUUUUUCCGUUCAUUUUUUUCUCAAUCGAUGCUAAAAAUCAAUACAAUACUCUCAUAUACAACAACAAAAAUUAACCAUUUUAUGAUCAAAUAGUAAAAUCACGAUCAUUGUUAACACUAUUAAGCUUUUGCAUUGUUUACAUGAUCGUAAUAAUCCGGAGGGCAUGUUUCACAAUAGUGAACACCUGACACCCGUUUAAACAAAUGAUGUUAAAUUAACGAACAUAAAUUCUAUCGAAUUAAACAAUUUUCAAAAGCACUUGUAAGAAACCUCUCACCUUACCCUAUAUUCAAAUAAAUAUAAAUAUAUAUAUUAAUUGUAUUCCAUUUUUGAAGAUUUACUGCGCCAUUGAAACGAAGUGUAAAAAGUAAAUAGACACGAUUGAAAAACUUAAUUGAAAUAAUGCCAACGUAUCGAUUUUUGUUUGUGUGUGUAUUCAAUUCCAAAACAUGCAUUGUCAAUGCAUUCAUUUCACAGUUACACAUUGUGCGGUCCUGCCUUACGUCAAUGGACUAAACCCGUGAAUGUAUUGGAACAAUAAAGUGCAAGUUGAUGAUAGUAGUAAAUGAUAUGCUGUAUGUCAACGUCAACAAACUACAUACGUAUUAUUAUUAUUUUUUUGUUGAAAGGAUAUCGCAUUGAACAGGACAACACGAAUAUCCGAGACACACGAUGAACUAGAAAAGUGAAUUAAAUUAAUAACAGAAACAAUAAUUAGAAAGAAUUUAUUAGGUGUGCGAUACACAAUGUAUGUGGUGUGAGUUAAAAGCGUUAAGUGAAAAUGACAAAAAUGAAGAAAAUGAAAGUAGAAAAAAAACAAACUGAUGAAACGUUUUUGUGUGACACUGAAACAAUUGUUAAGUCUUCCAAACUAAACUAGAUAAGUAAUUGACUCAUUUCACUAUAUAUAUUAUAUUAAAAGUGGUUAAGAUAAAGAAAAAAAAAGAAAAUAAGAACCGAACAAAAGAUUAAACAAAUUGUACAAUACUAUCAAUUAAACCGUAUUAAAUAUAUAUUUAAUGUUAAGAGAGUCUAUUAUUAACCUAACAGCUAUUUAUUUCGAAUCGUAAGUUAUUGAUGAAAUGAAACAAAGAAAAACAACAGACGCUGAAGAAAAAUUUAACGAAAAUAAGUCGGUAGACGUUCAUGAUGAUGGCAAAGAAAUAAGUUAAACAUUUUAUGCGCAACAAGUAAGCAGAAGAAAAAAAAUUGUUGUUGAAUAAGACCGGAUACAUUUCAAACAAUAAAUCGAUAUAAACAAUGAACAUUUAAUGACCAACAAUUUAUGGAAUUAAAACGAAAACAACAAAAUAUUUGCACAAUUUUUUUGUAAAGCACUAACGGACACAUUUUUUUCUCUCUCACUCACUCUAUCUCUCUCUCUCACGCGCUCCAAAAAGAAAGCAUAUCCAUUCGAUGAGAAGAGAUACAAAAAUAAAAAAUUCAUGCAGUCGUCAUCCAAAUUCAAAACGAAAAUAUUUCAUAUUAGUGUGCACGCAUCAUCUCAGAGAAACCAAACAAAAAGCAAAACCGAUGAGAUUAGAAUUUAUACCAUCAUCAAUAGAUAGCCACUAUAAAUAUAAAACACACACUGAACGUUUUUAUACGUGAAUUUUUUGCAGUAGUCUACAAAACAAAUCGCACAAAUGAUGUAGAUUUUUUGAGGAAUGAAAAUACGAGAAAAAUUUAAAAAAAAAACCAAAUACAAAUUAAAAUAACCCAUUCACAUCUGAAUAUUGAUGCUCAACACUCUGGAUUUUUGUGAUGUAGACACAAUGGUUUUUCUUCCGGCUUAGUUUUUGUACGAAUGUGUCCGUCUUUUUUCGUCGGACAAAAUGUCACUGUUGCAAUUCACAACAAUUGUACAAUAUCAAAAGUGAAAUUAUUAGAAAAAAUGAGCAAAUAGCGCAUAUCCAAGAAGAUGAAAAUGACCGUAAAAAAACACAUAUUGUAAGAAGUAUCUAAACUAAAUAGUGUUCCGAUUUCUAGGAGCACAACAUGCACGCACGCGACACCUAAAUACAAAUGCCAUUUGAAAUACUUACACAUUCACUCACAUUUCUGUAGCAUCAUUCAAAUUUAACAAACCAUAAACAAACAUACAAAAAAAAAAACGUGAAAAGUU